AUACCACGGCCGCAUGAAAUGAAACAAAUAGCUCAAGAAAUCACAGAAAUUUUUCCUACGGAAAAUAAAGACAUAUACUAUGUAUCAAGAAAAGAUGCACGUAAACCAAACCCAAGUGGCAUGUUAUAUAACAGAUUCAACAACUUAAAUGUAAAAGAUUAAAGACAGAUAAAUUAGUAACGACAAUGCCAGAAGUUGAUUUAACACACAGAUACUUGCAUCCCAGACAUACUUUCUAAACAAAAUAAAAUGAGAUUUAUGAGUGGCGAUGAAAAUGAUUCAAUGGAUAUGUGGAUAUCGACUUACGAGUACCGUCGUAGUGAUAAUCAAGUUUCAAACAGUUUAAGUGCUAUUUUAGACAGAUGGCCCUUUUACAAACAAGCCUCCGGAAUGAAAUAUAUUGAAUACGACUAUGACCAAAUGUUUCCAGCCAAAAAAUACAAUUUGAUGAACAAAUGGGCUUCACUGAAAGAAAAACUCACUCAACUUUACAAAGACAAUAUUAAAGACAAGUACUAUGGAGAACUAUUUCGAUCACUUGACCCAUCUUUGGAUGAAAGUAAGUAGUAAAAUAUGUGAUUAGAAAUGGCAAAUUCUUAUUUUGUUUCUUUUUAGCUUCAAGUGAUUGCAUAUUAAUAAUGCUGCUGAAUACUGUAUUAAAGCCGACAUCUCGAAAUAUUACAAAAGUUGAUGGGAAAAUUAUUAUUAAAAAAGUAACCAUAGGUGAUGCGAUUUUGAGCAGCAUUGUUCACAUAAAAUCAGGUAAUGAUUUGCAACGAGUAAAAGAAGAGCGCAUGAAGAAUUCACUAGAGCGAAAAACAACCAUAUCUUAUCGUUAUUGGCACCGAUAUAAAAACCUUAAAAGAGUUUUAUACAAGUUUCGAUAAGUAUUUACUAAAAUUUAGUUCUUUCAUUACUGCAUUAGAUGCGUGCUUCAAAAAUUUUCACGUAUUUAAUUAAAAUUACCCAAGCGAAUCGCAUUUAUUAUGGAAUUUUUUACAAAAAUACGUUUAUGAGAUUUCGACACCACAUGAC